AGCAGUUUAUCUACGCCAAGACGACCCUCCCUAACUGCAGUCACUGCCUGCUUGAUUACACCCUUUACCAUCAUAUUAGUUGUUCACUCGAGUGUACGAGAUAUGCGCGAAGUCAGAAUCUUGCUCGUUGGUGACGAUGGCGUCGGCAAAAGUACUCUCAUCACCUCUCUCAUCAAGGAAACAUUUGUUGCCAAUAUCCAUCAUGUGGUUGGAGAAGUCACUAUUCCACCCGAAUGGACUAGAGAGAAUGUUACUACAAAAAUUGUCGACUCUUCCUCUCGCUCAGAAAACAAGGAUCAACUUGAAACAGAAAUUCGAAAGGCUGAUGUGAUUUGCAUUGUGUAUGGUAUAGAUAGACCCGAAUCUUUUGAGCGCAUUUCUCUUUAUUGGCUUCCUUAUAUUCGUAACUUGGGAAGAAAUAUUCCUGUCGUGCUUGUUGGAAACAAAAUUGAUGUUCGAGGCAGAGAAAUUACAAAUGAUUCGCUUGAAGAGCAAAUCAUGCCCGUAAUGAAUGAAUUUAAAGAGGUCGAGACGUGUGUUGAAUGCUCGGCCAAACAGCCAUUGAAUGUUUCAGAGGUUUUUUACUUUGCACAAAAGGCCGUCUUGUAUCCAACUGCUCCUCUCUAUGAUUCUCGUGAACAUAUUCUCAAGCCCGCAUGUGUUGAUGCUCUACGAAGAAUAUUUAAACUGUGCGAUACCAACAAAAAUGGGUAUUUGGAUGAUGAUGAGAUCAACGAGUUUCAGAACAAGUGUUUUGGAGCUCCGUUACAGAAACAAGAACUGGAAAGUGUCAAGGCUGUCGUGACCGAAAGUGAGCCAGAAGGAGUGACAGAGCAUGGCCUUUCUGAAAUUGAUUCAGGCUUUCUUUUUUUACAUACCCUAUUUAUUCAGCGAGGACGCUUGGAAACAACUUGGACUGUUCUUCGUAAAUUUGGAUACGGCGAUGAUCUUACUCUUCGUGAAGAUUUUCUGUUCCCCAAGUUUGAGGUUCCACUUGAUUGCUCUGUGGAACUAAGUAGCGAUGGAUACCAGUUUUUGACUGAUUUGUUCAAAUCCUAUGAUCACGAUCUGGAUAGCGCACUCAAAAAUGCAGAACUUGAGGAUUUGUUUAGUACGGCUCCUGCAAAUCCGUGGGAAGGGACCGGUUUUCCAGAAACAACAGUGACCAACGAAAGCGGGGCAGUGACACUGCAAGGGUUUUUAGCACAAUGGAGUAUGACCACACUUCUUGAUCAUAAAUUGACAUUGUCAUAUUUGGCCUACUUGGGAUAUCCUCAAGAUAACACAACAACUGCAUUGAAAAUAACAAACCCCAGAAAACAAGAUCGCAAGCGUGGUAAAGUCCAACGAGAUGUUUUUUUAUGCUAUAUUUUAGGAGCUACUGGUUCUGGAAAGACAUCGCUUAUGCGAGAAUUUUCCAAGAAAGAGUUUAAUGAUGUGUACACUCCAACAACUCGCGGAUACAGUGUUGUGAAUUCCGUUGAAAUUGGUGGAGCCGAGAAAUACAUUGUGAUGCAGGAGUUUGGACAUGCAUAUGAGGCAGAAAUCCUUCAAAACAAGAAAAAACUAGAUGCCUGUGAUCUGCUUUGCCUUGUUUAUGAUUCUGGUGACUCGAACUCAUUCAGUUACAUUGCCAACUUGCGAAAAAAAUACAGCAUUGAUCAUCUUCCUAUGAUUGUUGUAGCUACUAAAAGUGAUUUGGAUCUUGUUCCCCAAAGAAUUACGCCGCAACCUGACGAGUACUGCCGAACACUGCAUCUUGCUGUUCCUGUGAGCAUAUCCAUCAAAGAAAAAAUGACGGCCGAUCUGUUUACUAUGCUUGCUGCAGUAGCCAUUGAUCCGUGA